CGGUCCCUAAACCACCUGAGCGCCAGAAAACAGAAUAUUGCCUUCUGUUCGACCCUGUUAAGGGAAGAGUUCAACUAUCGGUAAAAACAAAAGGUGUAUUUUGCUCUCUACCGUCAUCUGAUUCUACAUAUCACCCUAGGACGUUCCGUCGGACAGCUAUUGACGAGCGAACUCUGAAUAUCUAAAGUAGCCUAAAAAGUAAUUUACUGCGGUGAUAGAUUUUGGUUGGAGUAACUCUCUCGCUUUAUUACCUUGUCGCGCAGGUGAAAAACUGUUGUAGGAAGCAUUUGAGAAACGAAACUAUGCCGCGUCUUUUUUGUGGGUAAUUCAAUUUAAAAAAAUAAAAAWAAAAAUGUGAACUCUUCCUCUUUAUGGAAUAUAACCUUUCGGACGAAAACUCGGUGGAGAACCGCGAUCACCCUUCGGAUGCGGCCUUGGCUCUAGUGAGCCACCAUGCCCAGCAGCAUCACAGGGAGCCCCAGACCCUGGUCAGAGCCAGGGGGCCAGGUCGGCCUCGUCCCUGUGGAACCCAACCAUCUCCUCUACCGGGGCAGCAGCACCAGCCAGGAGUCCUGCUAUGAGGAGCGAUGUGUGGACCCGGUGGAGGUGAGGCACCACAAGGCCCACCGCGGGGAUGUGCAGAGCAAGGCGGCUGAGGAGAUCAUCGGCUUCAUCCCCGGAUCAGCAGACUCUCCUCCAGGGGAUCAUGGGUGUGGUCCUUGUGCCCCCUCCUCCCCAGGCAGCUGGAAGAACUGGGUGUGCAGCUUGCUGACCUGUGGACUCUACAUGGUGUGUCGGAGCACCAUCCUGGCCCCCAGUCCCACAGGGAGGUCCCCAGAUGACGAUCAGGAGAAGGUCAACCUCCGGGGUCUCCAGAGCUACCCUGGGGCCAACGACCCCCAAACCAGGAAGGAGGGCGGGGGUAGUGGCUCUGAUUGGUCGGAGGACAUCUACAUCAGAGGAGUCAAAGUGGACAUUCCCAAAAUGGAGGAGGAGCCGGUGGUCAUUACCAGGCCUCCGUUACACAAUGAAAGAGGUGGAGGAGGGAGACGGUACAGCCCUCCAUCCUACUCCUGGUAUGAGGGGGAUAUGGGUGAUCUGAGCAUGGGUGACGUGGACUCUCUGAUCACCCAGAAGCUUUUGGAGCUGUACUCUGAGUACCAGAUCGAGGAGCUGGCCCACUGCACCUCGGACUCAGUGUUCCUGAAGAAGACCGGUGAGAUCAGCCAGCUGAUCAGUGACCUGGCCGAGGAGCAUCAGCUUGAUGAGCAGGACGCAGAAGGUCGACUGGUCAAGGGCAUCAUCAGGAUCAGCACUAGGAAGAGCAAGAAGAGACCUCCGUACCAAAGGUCACAGAGGAGAACCUCCGACAGCGGAAACGAAACCAUGAGCAACUACCAAACAUCAACCAUCGGCAAUAACAAUGAUUACGAUAUCCAGAUAUCCAAGGAGACAGAUUCUGAUAUGAACGCUAGGAACAUGAGGAUGAACAGUGGAGCAGCAGAAAGUUCUGAACGUCAGAUGUCUGUGUUUGGCAUGCCCKUGCCCGGGACCUCAGUCAGAACAUGAUGAUCCAUCUUCAACACUACUGAUAUCAUGGAGCUACUCACCAGUCUCCAGCUGAAGAGGUUGGGAGCCAUACAGAUACACAUAUUAUAUGUUCUAUUUAAUUCUAUGUUGGAAACUUUAAGGAGCCUGAGAAUUGCACUAUGUUAAAUGAAGUGGGAGGAGUAUAAUGCGUAUGCAAACUCCUCUGAAGACCAUUGACUUUACUUUGAAGGCGAUAUUAUGAAUCGUGUCAUCUGUAUUUUGAAGGAUUAUAAUGUAAUCAGGGUAGUGAAUGUAUCUUUGAUUCUGGCAUAUUGUGCCCUUGUUUGGGGGUUGGCCUGUCUCAUAGAAAAGCCGCUGUAGACUUACUUACCAAACCCUUCCAGCAGCUCCCCCUGUUUUGUUGUCCGUUUCUCUUAUUGCCCUCCAAUUACAUCAGUGGUGGUGUGUGUUCCGUUACCCUUGAAAAACAACUAGCUAUUUUGAUAUGAAACUCGACUCUCCACUGCUGCCGGACCUCUUUCUGCAUUAUCACUUCAACCCACAACACUGACACGAGAAUCAGUUUCAAGGUAGUGUACUCACAUCCAGGGACUUGCAGGGUAAAGUAAACUGACUCGAGGAAGAUAGAUAACUGCACACUUGAUUGGUCAACGGUUUUAUAGUGCAACAUGUAGACACCAUGAACUAACCUGGAAUGUACUGGGGGCCAAAAAAACACUUGGAACGGAUGAAGAGGGAACACCUCAAAGACAAUGAAUGUUAUUGACGUAUUGGUGACUUUGAAAUACAAUUGUAGAUGUGCUUUUUGAUGCCAAGAGAAUAUCAUAGUCCUGUACCUAACUAGGUAAUAUUUUACUUGACACCCAGUGUCAUAAAAUGUUAUGACAUGGUCUUAACCAUGUCAUAUGUCACAACACUUGAUAUAUCCGGUCAUAAUAUGGUCAUUACACUGUCAUGACCCAUAUAUUUACACCUGUUGUGACAUAUAUUGUGUUAUUUUAUGGCUGGUUAUGGAAUCAAAACUCACAUUUAUUCAAAAUAGUUUUUUCCCCCGGAAGUGUCCUUUCGUUUUUAAAGAUUGUUUCUUAAAUCCUUUGUUGUUCUAAUGAAUUCUUUACAGUCAUGUUUUUGUUAUAUUUUAAGUAACUUGUAGAAAAUACUKUUUUUGACACUGUCAUGAAGCAUUAUGACCAUCAUCCUAUAAGUCACCUAUCGCGUACAUGCUGUUAUAUACGUCAUCAGUCAAAAAGAGAGUCUUGUCCUGCUCCUGAAAUCUGCAUCUGCGUUCAUCCCAGUCAUCAGCAACGGAGCGUUGGGGUAGGUGCAUGCCUGACAUCAAUGUGUGUGCAAUUACAGUGAUCAUUUCAUGUGGUCAAUUUCACACACAAAUAUAGAACAUGUCAACAGUGUAAUUGUGUAAUGGAAUGUUUUGCCUUGUGUGGUAGGUUUUGACACUCUUAUGUAGGUGUCAUAACCAGCCAUAAAAUAACGCAAWAUGUGUCACAUGUCAAAAUAUGUGUCAUGACAGGGAUAUGACCGUAUUAUAAAAGGUUAUGACAUAUUAAAACAUGGUUAUGACCAUGUCAUAACGUGUUAUGACGCUGGGUGUCAAGUGAAGUGUUACCCAUGACGGUAAUCCUAAUAUGUUUGUAUUGCUUUAAAAUUGGUUAGGGUCCAAAAUCUCUCACGAGCAUGUGGCCUGGUUAAUGAUUAACAUGAUCUCAUUGUAGACGCCAAUGACUAUAUACUUGAAAUUAAAUUGUAUAAUGUGUGCAUUUCUGUGAUUUAUAUAAAACUAUUUUAAAAAAGGGAUGCACAAGCAUAAAUUAAGUUGUAAAGGCAUUGAUGCCAUGCUAUUCUUGCGCAUUUUGUCUUCUGUUUUAUUGUGGCUGGUAUAAUGUUCCUCUCUAUGGGGAAAAUUCUUACUUCCACUUAAGUCUCAUUUUAGUUAUGUACAAUGAGACUAUGUGGAAGUUAGGAUCCGCCUCUCUAAGAAUGUCUAAAUUAAUGACUUGUUAAUAAAAAAAAUCUUUCAGGCAAGAAUGUCAACCUGUGACUAGCGCACCACUAGAAGAGGCCCAGUCAUAUGUUUUGUGUGUGUUGUUGACAUUUAAUUUCUGUGUUUUCAUUCUUUCUAAAUAGCCUUUUCCCGUCGCCUUACUGGACYUGAAUCAGCCAGUUACUCACACACAGUACUCUUCCAAUCUAUCUACAACUCACUUCUAUUGUGUUGAUGUAUUGAAAUGGAAGAAUCUCUGACAACAUGCAGACUGCGAAGCAAUGAGGGUUCUGUGAUGUGAAAUGUUUAGAUGGUUGCGAAUUGAAAUUAAAGAURGAUUCUACUAUGGA